AUGGAGGAGGACAGAGCCCAGACAGACUUGGGCAUCGCUGCGGACAUUGAGGAAGCACAGCGAUAUGAGAGCGAACAGAUACUCACAUCAGCGCCAGAGACUGUAGAGACGGCUGCACCGUCUCAGGCCUCAGAGCAAACCCCCAUAAGACAGCCCAAGAAGAGAUUCGUUGGGCGCAGAGCAGCCGAUGCUGCCGCCGCAAAGAAUGUAAGCACCGCUUCACCCGGAGAAGGGAGUGGCGCUGUGCAAUCUGCCAAGCCCAGGAGAGCACCUCGUCUCCUGAAUCAAGUCCCCAUAGAGAUUCUGGAGGAUCCGAAUCUAAAGGCUGCCGUCGGUCUCCUACCAUCAAAUUACAGCUUUGAGAUCCCCAAGACUAUCCACCGUAUCCGGACCUCAGGGGCCAAGAAGGUCGCCCUCCAGAUGCCCGAGGGACUACUCCUUUUUGCCACAACCAUCUCAGAUAUUCUCAUGCAGUUUUGCCCAGGCAUCGAGACACUCAUCAUGGGCGAUGUGACAUACGGCGCCUGCUGCAUCGACGACUACACAGCGAGGGCGCUCGGAUGCGAUCUCCUCGUCCACUACGCCCACAGCUGUCUUAUCCCCGUCGACGUGACAAAGAUCAAGACUCUCUACGUCUUCGUCGACAUCAGCAUCGACGUCACUCACCUCCUUGCCUCCCUCGAGCGCAACUUCCCCACAGGCAAGACCAUUGCCGUGGUCGGCACCAUCCAGUUCAACGCCACCAUCCACGGUGUCAAGAACGCUCUGGAGAGGGCGGGCUUCCGCAUUCUCGUACCUCAGAUCGCCCCCCUCAGCAAGGGCGAGAUUCUCGGGUGCACCUCCCCGCGCCUCAAGGACGACGAUGCCGUCGACCUCAUCCUGUACCUCGGCGACGGUCGCUUCCACCUCGAGAGCAUCAUGAUCCAUAACCCCUCCAUCCCCGCGUAUCGCUACGACCCUUACUCCCGCAAACUCACCCGCGAGACGUACGAGCACGACGAGAUGCAGACGAUACGCCGCUCCGCCAUCACCGCGGCCAAGAAGGCCAAGAAAUGGGGGCUCAUCCUCGGCUCGCUCGGCCGCCAGGGUAACCCGCACACCAUGGCCCUGAUCGAGAAGAAGCUGACGGAGAGGGGCAUCCCCUGGGUCAACUUACUCCUGAGCGAGAUCUUCCCAGGAAAGUUGGCCCUCAUGAGCGACGUCGAAUGCUGGGUCCAGGUUGCAUGCCCACGCCUCAGCAUCGACUGGGGCUAUGCGUUCCCCAGGCCUCUUCUGACCCCCUACGAGGCCCUUGUCACGUUGGAGGUGAAGGAGGACUGGGGCCAGCAGGCCUACCCGAUGGAUUAUUACGGAAGGGAGGGUCUUGGAAGGACGAGGCCACCCAUCGACGUAGGAGGAAAGUAA